UUGUAAUUUGAAAUGUCGUCGUGGAUAACGGGGCUGGCGGAUAAGGCAGAGAAUAUACUAAACAAAAUUGACCAGAAUGCUGCUACGGCCUUGCAUAUUGAAGCUGGUCCAGCGUUAGAUGCUAUGAAGAACAGCCUUACCAGCAGUACACAAUCUUUUAAAACCACACUCUCUCCGGCCAAGCGUGGCACAAGUAACAGUAGCACACCGAUGUCCUUGUCCAUGGUUGGCAACAGCGCCUCUAGCGCCAAAAGCGAGGGCUCCCAUGUGGCGACCACAGAGUUGCGACAAAAGUUAACCGCCUCGGCCAGUUUCUCAGUCAAUCCAGACAACGGGAACGGUAUGGACACCCAUGAAUUGGCGGCAUUUAAGAUCGCUCUUAACGAGAUUACUAGCGAGCGCGAUGAGUUGCGUUUGAGACUUGAUGAGCUAAACCACGACAGUGAGAUCCUUGCCCUGAAGCAGCGGGUACAGGAGUUGGAAAGUCUAACUCAAACGUUAUCUGAGGAACGCGACAGGGCCGUCCACGAGCUUAACGAGGCGCAAACUGUUCACAUGGCCUACGUACACUCCAUCUCUGAAUUAGAAACGAAUCUCGCCAAGCUUCAGCAAGAAUACAUAAGCACAGCGCACAAGUUACAAAUGCAAACCAAGGAGACGGAUCAACAGCGCCAAGAGCUGCACGAGUAUCGCGUCAAAGCGCAGCGUGCACUGCAAGCGAAAGAUGCGCUAAUUGCUGAGCUCAAACAAAAACCGAUUGCAGAAGGCGCAGAAUGUGAACUGGCUGCCAAAGAGAGUGAAACGCAUUUUCUUCAAAUCGAAUACGAUGCUCUGAAACAGGAGCUGCAGCACGCCAGCGAAGAGCAGCAGAAACUACGGGCUCAGCUGGAUGAUUCCAUUGCGCUGGAGCGCCAACAUGAGUUGGAACUCGGCAUCGCCCGUCAGCGUGAGCAGUCGCUCAUCAAAGAUCUGCGUACAGCACGUGAGCACAAUAUGGCCAUCGAAUCGGAGCAGCGCAUGCUUACGCAGGAGUUGACCUCGCUGCGUCAACAGAUGAGCAAUCAAUUGGCCGCCGCCGCCACACGCCUGCAGGAGAAGGAAAAACAACUGCAACAGCAACGGCAGCUUGUAAGUGAGACCGGAUUUACAAGUGCAAAGACUGACUACGAAAACCGCUUGAAAGCCCUAACUCAAUCGCUGGUCGAGCGUCAGGGUCUGCUGGAACGGGUCACUGCGGAGCGUAAUGCUUUGCGACUGCAGCACGAGAACAUGCAGACACAGCUGCAGCAGAGCAUGCACUCCCUGGAGAUGGGUCAUCAACGUGGCAUCUCCAGUUCGCGCAAUACGCUGCUCUCCAACAGCACUGAUGACGUCAAGGCACAGUUUCCCCUGCUCAUGCACCCCAGCCCGUUUGACAAUCGUGUUGCACGUCGCUUUAAGCGCGCCCUGCGCCAAGCAGACUCCGUAGGCAUACGUGUGGGCGCCUUUUUACGUCGCUAUCCAAUGAUGCGUAUUUGCAUAAUUGUUUAUGUAGCGUUGUUGCAUCUUUGGGUUAUGUUUGUGCUGCUCUCCACAAGUCCCAAUUGAAUGGUAAAACAAACAUCCGUUACACAUUUUUCGGAUUCUAAUUUCAAAUAUUGCAUAUUAUUUAGUAUUAUUUAUAUAGAUAUAUGUUACAUAACUUGGUGGUUCAAUUCUGUGUUGCCAAAAUUGAUUACACUUUUUGUGUAUAAUGUAUUGCUUAGAGCUAUUUGCUCACAACAAAAA